AUGGAAUCUGAAAACGUGUUUCAUAUGUACUGUGCUCCCAAGGCUCCUGAAGCUCCUGCGAGCAAGAAGAAAGCAAGCAGUCGGCAUCACGGGGAAAGCAGUAAAGCGCCUUCGGCCAACAAAACCCGUACUGCAGACCCUCCGGCAGACAUACCUUCAAUAAAUGCAACACCACCUCCUUCUCCCCUCGAGCAGGAAAAUCUUCCUGCUCCAGUCGGGUCGACACCUUCCCCAUCGACUACGGCUGACCAGACUCAACAGGCUGCCCCUGAUUCCACAGGGGGUGACAUAUCAAGCCGUGCCCUCAGAUCAACCAAGGACUUUGCAUCUGUUUCAUUGGAUGUUGUUCCGGUCGCUAUGGACUCCUUGGGUCUUGUGGAUUUGGAGGACAUUUGGGUGAUUUGA